CAAGCCGAAGCUUGUUCUCUGCCAAGCAUCCCUUAUUCGUAAGGGAUAGGUCAAGCGAUUGAUGAGCCGCCAAUAAAUCAAGUCGUGACAUGGAACCUGGGGAGAGAAUACGGUAGCAGACAUAUAUAAUACAUAUAUCGGAGGAUAAGUAACACUCGCUUGUUACUUCGACAUGCGCAGCUCCGGAGACGAUUACCAUCCUUUGGACAGCAAAAGCGAAGAGGAAAAAGCGCCGGUUGUGGUAAAGACUGACUGGAUAGGCCACUGUCGGCGCGAUAUUCUCGCCCUGCUGCUCAUGCUGCUGUUUCUGAUGUCCUGUCUGGUGUACCGCAUGAAAAGAGCUCACCAAAUUAGGCUGGAUAUGUCUGCCGAGGCGACCAGACUAGAAUCCCACAUCCAUAAGCUGCAGUGGGGCAUCGGACAGCAUCAGAAGGAACUCGUGGAGCUCCAGAAGGAGCGACUGCGAGAGCAGAAGACGCUGGAGCAGCUCAAUAUCGGCGUAAAGCAAGCGCAGGAGGCCCAACGAGAGGCAGUACGAAACACUCCCAAAAUUACCCUGCCGCUCAGUUUCCUGCCCAAAUCACUGCCCCGAAAGAUGAAUACUGUUUCGACGGGCAUAGCCGCCUCGUGUGCGAUGCACAACUGCUUCGACCACUCCCGUUGCAGCCUCACCUCCGGCUUCCCAGUGUACCUAUACGACCCCGACGAGCACAGCGUCCAACGAGCUGGCUACGACAUCGAUGGCUUCCUUAAGACGACUGUCAAACAGACUCUCGGCUACAACGCGCAUAUCGUGAGGGAUCCAAAAGAGGCCUGCAUCUACCUGGUGCUGGUGGGCGAGGCUCUGCUGGAGCAGGAUCUGCUGCGAAACAACCGAUACGCAGCCCAAGAGGCUGAACAGCAGCAGCCGACUGCUCCCAGCCACACAAACGACUGUCCCAUCGACAUGCAGAAGCUCUACAACCUGCCCUACUGGGGUGGCGAUGGCCGCAACCAUGUGCUGCUUAACCUGGCACGCCGGGACCUCUCCUCCCGCAGGACGAAUGCACUGCUUCAGCAGAACACCAUGCGAGCCAUUGUCGUGCAGAGCGCCUUCGAGCUGGGCCAGUUCCGGCCCGGCUACGACCUGAUUGUGCCCCCCAUCCUGGGUCCGCCCGGAGGAGACGUUUGGCAGGAGUGUGCCAGCAUGGUGCCCGCCCGCCGCAAGUACCUGAUUUCGUUCCAGGGAGAGAUGAGACCUAAACCAGACUCCCAGGCCUCCCACCCGCUGGACGACUUCAUACUAGAACACUUGACGGACAUGUCCAAGGGACCCACUCAGGAUCAGUUCGAGCUACAGUUCCAGUGCGUGCCCGCCACGGAGCAGCAGGAGGCGGACUCUGUGUCCGACUGGACGCUCUGUGGUUCGGAUUCCUCCCGCAAGCAGCUGCUGAAGGACUCUACCUUCGCUUUGAUCCUUCCCCCGCUCAACGAGCGGGUGGCUUCUACCCUCAUGCUGGCCCGACUAUACGAGGCGCUGCGCUCCGGUGCCGUUCCCGUCAUCCUCGGGGCAGACGAACUGCGUCUGCCAUACGCGGAGACUCUGGACUGGCGUCGGGCGGCACUACUCAUGCCCAAGGCUCGCAUCACGGAGCUGCACUUCCUCCUGCGAGCCGUCCAGGAUGCGGACUUGCUUCUUCUGCGGCGCCAGGGCCGCCUCAUCUGGGAGCGCUACCUCAGUUCCGUUCAGGCCACGGUGGACACGGUCAUAGCCAGCCUACGCGAUCGCCUAGGCAUACCCCCGCGCCCGGUUCCCCCUGUGGUAUCACAAAGUGUGUUUAAGAGUACGUUUACGCCGUUGGUGGCAAAGAUUAGAUUAACCAUUGAGCCGGCGGAGUUUCUUGGCCCCAUCGAGGCCGCAUAUCCGAGCCCCGCCUUUCGCAGAAACUACACGAUUCUCCGGAUACAGUCCAAGGAGGUCUGGAACGACUGGGUAGACCCAUUCUACAUGUAUCCCCAACUGCCCUUCGACCCUGCUCUUCCCUCCGAAGCGAAGUUCAUUGGAUCCCACACAGGAUUCCGGCCAAUCGGUAAGGGCAUUGGAGGAGCCGGGAAGCAGUUUAGCGAGGCCCUCGGCGGAAACUAUCCCAGGGAACAGUUCACCAUCGUCAUUUUGACGUACGAGCGGGAGCACGCACUGUUGGGAUCGCUGCGUCGCCUCUACGGGCUGGCCUAUCUCCACAAGGUGGUCGUGGUUUGGAACUCCCCAAAGUCGCCGCAAAUCAAUGUUCGCUGGCCGGACAUCGGAGUGCCCGUGGAGGUUGUACGCGGACCGCGAAACUCCCUCAACAACCGCUUCCUGCCAUGGGACAUAAUCGAGACGGAGGCGGUGCUCUCGAUGGACGACGACGUUCAAAUCGGACACGACGAGAUUGUAUUCGGCUUCCGGGUAUGGCGCGAGCACCGCGACCGCAUUGUGGGAUUGCCUGGUCGCUACCACGCCUGGGAUGUGAGCAGCAGCAUGUGGCGCUACAACUACAGCUGCAGCUGCGAGUUGAGCAUGGUGCUCACCGGAGCGGCUUUCCUGCACAAGUACUACAUGUACCUGUACACCUAUCACCUGCCGCAGGCCAUUCGCGAUAAGGUGGACGAUUACAUGAACUGCGAGGACAUCGCCAUGAACUUCCUUGUCUCGCACAUCACCCGACGGCCGCCAGUGAAGAUCACUUCUCGGUGGAGCUUUCGCCGUCUUGGUCUAAAGACUUCGCUUAGCCAAAGACCCAAGCACCUGGAGAACCGCCACAAGUGCAUCAAUUUCUUCAGCCAGGUGUUCGGCUACACCCCCCUGCUGAACACCCAGUACCGGGCGGACUCGAUCCUGUACAAGACCCGCAUUCCGCACGACAAGCAAAAGUGUUUCAAAUACGUCUAGAUCUAGAACAGGAAUGGAUUUUCUAUCGAUUUCGUGUACUUCAUAUAGUAGGUAUGUAUUUUCCUCAUUUGCACAGAGAAUGAAUGUGUGUUUUGUUAGUACAAAGUAGUGAUAAUGCUGAUUAGUAAAUACAGAUAUAUAUAGUGUGUGUAUAGAUACUAGUAGGUGUCAGCAAACGAUCUUCAAACUGAACAAAAAUAGGAAAAUGUAAAUAUCGGAGGAUAUGUGACAUUUGUUCAUUCCCACGCGCACUUAAUGCUAAAUAUUGUAGAUAGCAAAAACUACGACUACAAGAUCUACAGAUACACAUACAUGAAUAUGAAUUCAUAAUGCUUAUCUAUCGUACAUAUGUAUGUACGAUAUAGACAUAUAUAUAUCAUAGAAUAGUAUAGUAUAGUGUCUGGUGGUGUACAAAUCGUAUAGCUGUGGACUGUGUGUGUGUUCGUUCUGUGGGGGUUUGCACGCGAGUGGCCGAGUUGAGACCAGAUCAGAUCAAGGCAGGCGGAUGCCGCUGAUGCUGCUUGUAUCACAAUUCAAACAAGGAUCCAGGAGGGCGAGGAGGGGGAGCAACUUAAUUAGGCAACUUAAAUAAUAUUUAUACAACUUAGUCGAAAGUGCUACACUAGAAAAUAGAACUUGAAUUUUGGAAUCGAUUACGCCACAA